CUGAUUGUUAUAAAAUGGAUACUCCCCCAAAAAACGUAACUCAGAUGGAGAAUCCGAUUUCUAAACUCAAACUCGAGAACUCGCCAGUGUUCAACUACAUAAACAGUCUGUCUCCAAUCAAACCUGUCCGAUCAUUACCAAUCGCUCAAACCUUUGGCUCUCUAAGUUACUCAUCUCCUCCGUCUGUCUUCACUUCCCCUCACGUCUCUUCUCACAAAGGAUCUCGUUUCAAAAGUGAUCAUAACCAUGUGCCUACUUCCGUUGGAGAAGACGAAGCUUUACGUGAAACUGAACCGCCACAAAUCUUACAAAACGAGUGCACUACGGAUCUGCUGAAGAUGUGUGACGGCAAUGUUAAGCAGAAAAGUGAAACUCCGGAUUGGGAUGCUAUGAUUUCGGAUUCUUCUGAUAUUCUGAUUUUGGACUCAGUGAAUGAUUCGGAGGCUUCUAGAUGCUUCUUGGAGAGACCAUCAGACUCCAAAACACGCUCAUUGGGUGUUGCAAAGUCUACACUGGAGCCUCUUAUGAAUAUCGAUGAUGCUCUUCACCGUGGAGUGAGAAGACGCUGUCUUGGCUUUGAGCAAACUCCGGUCGCAUCUUCAUCUAGAUGUGCAGUACCUAGCAUUGGUCUGCAUUUUAACACCAUUGCAAUGUCCUCUAAUGACAACAAUGUUGGUAAUGAGUACUCACUAUCUGGAAACAUAAAAGUGGGUUUGCAAAGCUCUAUCACCUCGGUUCUUAACUCGCAAGACAAUGUGGGAGUAAGUGAAACCGGGGAAGAUGCAGGACAAGGUGUAGAAGAAGGUCCAAAGUCUUUAGCUCUAGUAGAACUGAAUCAGAGCAGCCCCAAGAAGAAAAGGCGCAAGUUUGGACAAGCAGGAGAAGGUGAGUCAUCAUGUAAACGGUGCAACUGCAAGAGAUCCAAAUGUUUGAAGCUUUACUGUGAAUGCUUUGCUGCUGGAGUUUAUUGCAUAGGGCCAUGUUCAUGUGUAGAUUGCUUCAACAAACCUAUCCAUGAAGACACUGUCAUGGCUACUCGCAAACAGAUUGAAUCCAGAAAUCCCCUUGCAUUUGCUCCUAAAGUCAUCGGAAACUCUGAUUCCAUCAUGGAAGUUGGUGAUGAUGCAAAAAGCAAGACUCCUGCUUCUGCACGACACAAACGUGGCUGCAACUGCAAGAAGUCAAACUGUCUGAAGAAAUAUUGUGAAUGCUAUCAGAGUGGAGUUGGUUGUUCCAUAAAUUGUAGAUGUGAAGGAUGUAAGAAUGCAUUUGGCAGAAAAGAUGUCUCUGCAGGGUCUUCAUUUACUAGCAUGGAUAAAGAAAAUGAAACAUCUAGCAGAGGCAGAACAGAGAAACAACCUUCAACACCAAUGCCGUUAAGACAACCAUUGGCUCAACUUCCCAUCUCAUCCAACAACAUGCUGCUUACUCAUCAACAUCUUCAUGGAGCUUCUGGAUCUUCCUUACACAUGAGCCAAUCUUUCAGAAGACAAGACAUGAGUUUGAUGUCCCAUUCAAAGAUUGAGAUAAUCACAGAGGAGAGGAGGGCAGAUAAUAUUGAGAAUCUAAUCGAGUCUCCUAUGACAAACAUGAUCAAUGCUUUAUCUCCCAACAGCAAAAGGCUUUCUCUGCCUCAUGUCGUCGGUUCAUCAGAGUUGAGCCCAUGGAGAAGAAAUGGUGGAAGGAAGCUGUUACUGUCAAUUCCUACUUUUCCUUCUCUCACUCCACACCAUUAAAAUAUUCUUUAAUUCUUUGAUAUAUUUUUUUUG